UAUUAUUAUUAUUAUUAUUAUUAUUACUGAGACUGUGAACAGAAGCGGAAUUUCAAACCUUAUAGUUUACUGUGUUUGACAAUAAUAAAGAUUGAAUUGAAAAGGAAAUACAUUUAAAUAAGAUAUGGCAUUAUUAUUUAAAAAAAAUUAUUGCAAUCUUUAAAUGACAUAUGAAUUGAUUUUUUUUUUUUUUGCAUAACAAUCUUUCAAUAAUAAUUUAUUAUUUACGUAAUUCUUCGUUUAUCAUCAUCGCCAUAUUGGUAAAAGCGUCGAUUUCAAGAUUGUAAAAUAAUAUAAAAACUAUAUAAAAGCUUUAUUAUAUUUACAAUGCUUUGGUGAUUUUUUUAACAGCUCCUUUAAUCAUUUGGAAAAUUGCAAAUGAACUCAGACUCGAGCGAAACAUCCGACAACGAGCUUGGAUAUUUUCCUCAAGCAUCAACAUCAAACGCAAAACGACGCAAUGCAGUUGCCGACAUCACUAUAGGCCUCCAUACAUCGAUGACGAAUACACCGACCACCAACGUCAACCAUCCCUCAACUUCCAUAACAGAAUACUAUUACAAAAUGCAAAAAUACUCGCACCUCAGCCGGAGUCCUAUUUGUGGAACAAAGGCAAAGGAAAAGUUUAAAAAGGCUGUAAGGGUGGUAUUGUGUCUGGUGAAGUUCUUUGCCAUAAUCUUUAAAAAAACAAAAAAUCAACCAAAGGAGGUAAUGUCCUUUACGGAGAUAGCGCAUAACUUAGAAUCGGAUACAAUGAAAUAUUCAGGAUUAUCUUUUGAUCCUCGGAUGUAUAAAGCCAAAAGAGAGAUAAAUCUAAGCGCAGAUGUGAAAAAUGUACUUAGCGUCCCAAGUGUAUACAGAACCACAGAUCAAUUGCAAACGGCACUGUAUGGUUUGCAGACAAUGAAAUCCUUUGCAGAGUACCCCCUACAUAUGCAAGAAAAGCUCGUUAAAGUGGCUUGGUAUGAAAGCGUUCCAGCUAAACGAGUUAUCAUCCGACAAGGUCAUUAUGCUGAGAAUUUCUACUUUAUCAUAUCCGGUUCAGCCGUUGUAACAAUUAUGGAACAAAACCAUGAUACUGGUGAAGCAAGCCUACGGACUGCUGCAUUCUUAAGGAAGGGGAGUUCAUUUGGGGAACUUGCCUUGUUGCACCGCUCACAACGAACAGCUACGGUGACAAGUCAGGAACCUGUGGAGUUACUUGCAAUAGGAAGAGACGAUUUCUUUAGAAUAUUUAUGAGAGGACAGGAACCAGGCGAAGAGCCCGAGCACAUACAAUUUCUAAGGCCUCUGCAAUUCAUGAAAGAAUGGCCAAUAGAGACGUUGAUAGAACAUCCAGAAAUGUGUUUAUUUCACUUCUACAAACGAGGACAAGUCAUUGUAAAAGAUAGCAAUUCAUCUGAUUGGAUAUACAUUGUCAAGUCCGGAAGUUGCCAGGUGAUGAAGCAAAGUGCUCGAUUAGGAACACAUAAAUAUACGUAUAAAAUUAUGUUUGUGUAUUUAGGUACAACCGAUAAAGACGAAACAAUAAAUACUACAAAACGAACGCAAAAUCAAAAAAUAAGAUUUCUGGAGCAAGAGCCAACUCUCCAGGCAACAAGAACAGUUUAUCCAGAGAGCGACACAGCUAGCAUUUCGGAAGACCUCAAAUUACCUCAAGGUGUAUUUUUAACACGACCUAAAACAGUAGAAAACAUGUCGUCCCACCAUGGAAUAAAUCCUACGUUUGAUCCACUGCGGGGAACACGGCCUAGCAAAAUAUCAUACUCAAAAAGUAAUUUUCACCUUAAUGAAAAGUUACUAAGAGACCAUGAUGCAGGGUAUAAUACGAGCCAUGCGGAUGAUUCCAAGCCGAGUAACUCAACUUCAGAAAAAUUAGCUGUCGUGGUGUUUGUUCAAAUAGAGAUUCUUCAGCGAAAAGAUACGUUUGGAUUGUCAACGAUAGGACAAGAAUUUUUACACGAACAGUCAAGUGUAAGCCUAGUCUCCAGAGGGGCAGAAUGUGUAAUGAUAAACAAGGAGUUCUUCGUUAAACACGCAAGUGAACGAGUUUUGAGAAAUAUUCGCAGCUUACGUGGGCCGUAUCCCUCAUCAGGAAAGCUACAGAAACAUCUUGAACAUUACACGGUGUGGAACGAAUUUAAAAAUGAAGCAGUGGUUUCAAUAAUUAAAGACAAAAAGAGGUCAACAAAAAGACCAUAGUUCCACACUAACUAACCAGCGGAUAGGAUGAAUGCAUGGAAUUGUGUCAUGGAAUUUAAGUUCAAACUAAGAUUAUCUUAGACUGUUCUUUUGUGUUUGAUGUAAGAGCUACUGUACCGACACAGCCGUUUGUUUUUCGAGAACCUUAAAUUCAGGAUAAUUAUUUUACUCACACGGGUUGUAAUUAACAUGACGAGCAUAGAAUAAAAUAUGAGAGUACAACAUAAAAA